CACUAUUGCACUACAAUCUACCAGUGAGUUUCAGUAUGACUGACUCGAAAAUUUUCGCGCUUCCUUCCGACCAAGAAUUAAAUACCGAGGAAUUGAGCAUCAGCUGGCCGUACAUUGCUGCCGCUGCUGUUUUCCUUGGAAAAAAAUGCGAAUGGUAUCACAAUGAAUUUAUGCUAUGUAGAUAUGAAUUGAAAGAUCCCCGCAAAUGUCUGAAGGAAGGCAAAGAUGUAACCAAGUGUGCGAAAGAAGGAUUUCAGGAGAUCAAAAAACACUGUGGAAAGGAAUUUGAAGCACAUGUAAACUGCGUCGUAGAUACAUCUGCGACAGGGACUGAUGACCGAUAUUGCAGUAAAACCAGGAAGAUGUUUGAUGAUUGUAUGUUGAAAAAUUUGAACAUGGAACGACCAUCAUUCGGGUACUUUUGUGAGGCUAGAGUACACGAUUCACCAAGACCAAAACCAGAGCCAGAGCCAGAUAGAUUUACAGAUAGAUUGCCUGAUCCAGCUGCUCCACCAUAUCCUCCUCCAAAAUACCAAGGUGCAUCUGGUUUUAACAUCUAAUUUUGGUUUAGUACUAAUUGCAAGUUUUGUAGUCAAACAAUACUACAAGCUUGAGAGAACAAAUAUUGUUAUAUAAUAUAAUAGCUUUGUAUUUGUUCUUUAUAAGAAUAGAAAUAAAUGAAUAUAAAGAAGAUAUA